AUGGAACAUAACAGCAUGAGAAAUUGGUGGCUAUGCAUUGGAAUUGCAAUGCUUUUGUACGUGGAUGUUGCUGUCAAUGCCAUCGCGCGCCCAUACCCGCCGCUUCUCAUGGUAACUCCAAUCGCAUGCAUCGUCCUCAUGGUGUUGGGACACCUCCUCGCGUUCUUCCCACGCCGCCGCGUGUCCAUUAUGAUGUCGUUGGUGUGCAUGAUGGCCGUGAUCCUCGUCUUCCACACGCUCGUCCAUGCUUCGUUCCGCUACAGUCUCAUGCAAUCCUGCUGCAAUCCCCGAUGGAGCGCGCCAUCCACCAAGUUGGCCAUAUUCAACUCGAUGGCGUGUGCGAUGGCCAUGACCGACUGCUCGUACAGCAUCGUGGCGUCGAUUCUCCAUCUCGGAAGUUUGUUUCUGUGCUUGCAUGGCAUGGUUCGUGCAAGCGUGUUUCACUUGGAAGUAUCGAUCGAGCACGUUCAUCUCGAAGCUGCGUUCCGUUCGUAUAUGGAUCGCCUGCGCUACGUCCAUGUGCCCCACCAUCGCGCCGUUGGGUCGACUUGGGAAUAA